ACACUUAUAUAGUACUCCUAGUAGUAUUCAAAAUUAAUUCUCACUCGUCUAAAAUAUCAAAACUUACAUGGCAAGUGCAUCAACAACCAAACUAACUCUCAUGAUGAUACUUGUACUACUAGUAUCUAGUCUUUGCUUGUUUUCUCCAACUCCCAUAUUUGCUGCUAACACUAACAGUGCUAGUGUUAGUAAUACUGGUGGUGGUGGUGGCGGCGUCGGUACAUUUACAGAUUUGAAAGUUCCAGGGUCCGAAUUUGUAAAUUCCGUCACGUCUACAAUUCAAAUAGUCCGAGACGUGAUCUCAGUUGUCUCCAAAUUUAGUGGUGGUGAUUUCCGAGUUUCUAAUGCCAUUGCUGAUUGUGUUGAUCUUUUGGACUUCUCUGCUGAUGAACUCACUUGGACUCUCUCUGCUUCUCAGAACCCUUCUGGCAAAACUGGUAAGUAUAAUAGCACCGGUAACAAUGGGGCUGAUAUGAGAACAUGGCUUGGAGGAGCACUUGGCAAUCAAGACACCUGCAUGGAUGGAUUUGAGGGUACUAACAGUUUUGUAAAGACUCUAGUUGGCACCAGUAUUGGCCAGGUUACGUCGCUAGUUCGCGAUAUAUUAGGGAUGGUCAACGGACCGGAUACAAAUGAUUAUCAAGAUAAUUAUGUAAAAAGGAGAAAGACAAGGAAUGUGUAUUUUCCUGGAUGGGUCAAAGAAAAAGAUCGGAAGCUACUUCAAGUUAAUGGCAUUGUAGCUGAUGCGGUGGUGGCAGCGGAUGGUAGUGGUAAUUUUACACGGAUCGUGGAUGCGGUUGAUCAAGUCCCGGAUCACAAUACCCGUCGUUACGUGAUAUAUGUUAAGACGGGUGUGUAUCGGGAGUAUGUGGAGAUCGGUAAGAAGAAAACGAAUAUUAUGAUGAUUGGUGAUGGCAUAGACCGUACGGUUAUUACUGGUAACCAUAAUUUCGUUGAUGGAUGGACUACUUAUCGUUCCGCAACAUUUGCUGUGAAGGGUCAAGGGUUCAUAGCGCGGGAUAUAAGAUUUGAGAACACGGCAGGUCCUGAGAAGCACCAAGCAGUUGCAUUUCGAUCAGAUUCAGAUCUUUCCGUUGUUUUUCGUUGUGCAAUUACAGGGUACCAAGACACACUAUAUGCCCACUCGAUGCGCCAGUUCUAUAGAGAAUGUUUAAUCACAGGGACAGUUGAUUUCAUAUUUGGAGAUGGAGCAGUGGUGUUUCAAAAUUGUCAAAUCCUAGCCAGGAAAGGCCUGCCUAACCAAAAAAACACGAUUACUGCGCAGGGCCGGAAAGAACCAACUCAGCCUUCAGGAUUUUCUAUCCAGUUUUCCAACAUAUCUGUAGAGCCUGAAUUGUUAGCUCAGUUCAAUAAUAGUAAUAGCAAUACUAAUAAUAGUAGUACUAAUAUACCCGGUACAUACCUUGGACGUCCGUGGAAGCAAUAUUCACGAACCGUUGUCAUGCAAUCUUACAUCAGUGCUCUCAUUCGGCCACAAGGCUGGCUCGAAUGGAACGGUGACUUUGCACUCGAUACUCUAUACUAUGCCGAGUACAUGAACUAUGGUCCUGGAGCCGCGUUAGGAGAUCGCGUCAGGUGGCCGGGUCUUCAUGCAAUUAAUGACUCUAGUCAAGCCAAGAACUUCACGGUUGCACAAUUCUUGUUAGGCAACUCUUGGUUACCAUCUACUGGAGUCAAAUAUACAGCUGGAUUGAUGGUUUAGAUAUUAAGCCAGUCCCAUAAAUUUUACUGUAUUUACUUAAAAUAUAUACAUAUAUUUUUUAACCAGUCCCAUAUCCGGGAUUAAAUAUUGUUGUUGUCCCCAUACCCCGUUAUUAGAUAAUGUUGUUGUUGUCAUCGUCUUAAGUAAUUAAACAAGGGUAUGCAAUUGAUUAA